ACACAGGCGCUGUCAAUCUCUUCAAAUGUGCUGUUCCCUCCACCACCACACCCACCCUCUCCAGAACAACCAAUCUCUCUCUCUCUCUCAAGAAUUCUCUAUUACUGUUCCCAUUCCUUCCUCACUGGUGCCUCCGCCUCCCACUACGUUUCCAGAAUCCCAAGAACUCGCUUCCCUGCAGCCAGCGUCCCACCACCGCUACCACCAGCAGCAGCUUUGGACCCAAAGGCGCAGCCUUUGACUCGCCACACGCCGCCGUCGCCAUGGCCAUGGCCGCCGCUGGCGCCGAGGGUUUCGACCCCGCGGCAUCGUCCGCGCUGCCCGCCCCGGCCACGCGCCAGGACAUCCAGGCCGCCAUUGCCAAGGCCGUCGAGCUGCGCCAGCUCCACGCCACCCUCCUCCAGCGCGGCGUGCCCAAUGCCCGCGCCGGCGCUGGCGCCAGCCGCAGCCCGGCCGUCAUCCGCCUCCCACCGCCUGCUGCUGCGUCCCCUGCCUGCUCCAGGACAGCCGCAGCGGAUGAGGAAUACCCAGUGUUUACUCCGGCUUACGACGACGAGGAGCGCGGGGCUGAGCUGAACCACAUUUGUCAGGACAACCGGAGCCGGUCGGAGAACUGGACCGGCGUCGCCUUGGACCGCGACGACGACGCGGCCUUGUCGGACUAUGACAACCUCCAAGCCGCCUUCUCUUCCUCCAACAGCGAGGUCCACUUCCCUUCCUCCAACGACUAUCUCCGGAACAGGGGCGCGGCGUACAAGAUCCACCCCGCAUUCCUGCACUCCGCGCCGUCGGCCGACCGUUUCCUCCCGUCGGCCGGGAGGGCGGCGGCCUACACGUCGGAGCUCAAGCUGCCGCCGGCAACGUGCAGCAACACGUUCAGGCCCGCCACGAUCAGUAGCAGCAGGGUGCCGCCCCCGUCGGCGCACUCACGGACGAAGCACAAAGGGUUGCAGAUCCUCUCGUGGUUCUUCCCCAAGUCGAGGAAGAAAGCCAAGCCGCCUGAGAUGAUGUCGCCGGCCGCCAUCGAGCGCGAUAACAUGUCGCGGCUUCUGACUGAGUGGGGGGCGCUGUCUCUCGACUCCCUCAAGAAAGAGCUCGCCGAGGCCAACGCGCACCGGGACGCCGCGCUGCGCGAAGCCGCAGAGGUGAGGUCGUCACUGGGUGAGCUGGCCACCAAACUGGUGAGCGUGGAAGCGUACUGCUCGGAGCUGAAGAAGGCACUGCGGCAAGCGACCAACUCGCCGUCCAUCUCCCGGAGAUCGACGAAGUCGAUCGAAGCAAGCCGAGAGCUCCCGAUGCCGGUCAGCCACGACGUAAUGGUGGAAGGCUUUUUGCAGAUCGCGUCGGAGGCACGGCUUUCGGUGAAGCAGCUCUGCAAGGCUUUGAUCCAGCAGGUGGAGGAAGAAGCCAACGAUGGCCUGUCCGACAAGCUGAACCUGCUCCUCCGGCCGUACCAGCUCGCUCUCACCGGCGGCAACGGCAAGCACGGCUCGAAAGCCGUACUCUACCAUCUCGAAGCGAUCAUGAAUCAGGCCUUGUACCAGGACUUCGAGAACUGCGCGUUCCAGCGGAACGGGUCGCCGAGGUGCCUCGACCCCGUGGAGGAUCGCCGGCAGAGCUUUGCCGCCUUCGUCGCGCUGCGCAACCUGAGCUGGAACGAGGUGCUGAGGAAGGGCACCAAGUACUACAGCGAGGACUUCAGCCGGUUCUGCGACCGUAAGAUGAGCGGCGUCGUGGCCACGCUGGGCUGGUCGCGGCCGUGGCCCGAGCAGCUGCUGCAAUGCUUCUUCGUUGCCGCCAAGUGCGUCUGGCUGCUCCAGCUGCUGGCGUUCUCCUUCGGGCCGCCGCUGACGAUCCUGCGGAUCGAAGAUGGCCGUGCAUUUGAUCAGAUGUACAUGGAAGAUAUCCUGCAAGACAAGCAACAUACGCAGAGUCCAUGUCAAGUAAAGAUCAUGGUGAUGCCAGGAUUUUAUGUACAAGAUCGAGUGCUUAAGUGUAGGGUUCUCACAACAAGAUCGGUAGCAUAAUUGGUGCGAUGUCUUAGCUUUAAUUGACCAGUAGCUAGUGUGGUUUGUUUAAGUGCAAUAUUUUCUCUGUUCAGUCCAAAGGUACGGAAAUGUUGGUUCAUUGUUUGCCGGUAGAUUUGGAGUAAAUGUUAGGGAAUUUAGCCUGGUGAAAGCAACAUAUUUAUCUACUGAGAUGAUAUAUAUGACACCGGAGGCACAUUGUUUAUUAAGCUCUAAGAU